AUGCACUUUGACACAACACAAACACCCACACCAACAACCACCCGCAUCGGUGCAACAUUAGAAUUCUCAACAACUCAACAUCUAUUCAACAUCGAACAGAAAACCAAAGGAUGUGAGGUCUUAAAAACCACGCUUUCCAUGUUGACUUGGACCUACUUCUCCUGCUGGAGCUGACAGGCGGUGCUUCGGUCGCUCAAACAUGGCCUCCAUGAUGGAGCCUCCGCUGCAACUUUAAUUUUCGCCAAAUUUCACGGCAAAAGCGUGUUUUUUAUUUUUGGCUCCGUAAGUGUGAUUCCAGCACACUAAAGAGACAAAUGGUUGCUUUUGGAGAAGUUCGCCGUUGGAUGUAAACGGAUCGGUUUGAUUUGGCAGGAAAGCUGGAGAGGAAAAGGAGAAUUGCAUCAAAUCAAAUGCCCUCAGAGGCCCAGGAGCCUCGGGACAGAGGGCCGCCCCCUCCUGUCACUCGGGCUGGACGCAGCGCUCAGUUGGCCAAAGCAGCAGCAGCAGCAGCCGCCGCCGCCGCCGCUGCGGCUAGCGAGAGGCGACCUCGCGGACGACCUCGAAAAGAUGGGGUAGUUGGGCGCGCCGCACCUCCAGCCCCUCCCCCUGCUCCGCCGCCACCCCCUCCUCCGCCUCCCAAAUCAAGGAAGAAGGGGAGGAGCCGAGGCCAAGCCCAAGUGGAGGAUGAAGAAAGCAUGGAUGCGACGGAGAAGAGGUCUCCUCCAGACAAGAAGACAGAAGACAAGGAGGUGACGUCUGGACGCCGUCGCUCCACCUCCAGGAGAAGAACCAACACAAACCAGGACUCUGAGCCUGCCCCCAUUCACCCGGACCCCCCUGCAGCUCCAGAGCCAGCUCCGAGUGACGAGGAGGACCAGAACCCCCCUGUCCCCUUGGAAGUGCCCUCAGUAUCUACCGUGGAGGAGGAAAAACCUCAACUUAAUCCAGCUACUCCACCCCCGCCUCUGGAUAUCUCUAUUCACAGUCCAAAACCAGGUCCCGAUCCAGUAGAAGAGGAGCGGCCCGGCCCUACUCCCAUGGAGGGGGAUCGCGGUCCUGUUCCUAUGGAGCCUGAGGCGGGCGGGGCUAACUCAACAGGGCGAAGUCCCACCCUGAGUUUGGUCUCCAGCCCUGCGGCCUCGCCCUGCCUCCGUCUCGAGGAUGAGGAUUCGCUCUCCCCGCUCUUCCAGCGAUCCAUGUCGGACGACUCUGGGGCCUCCCCCACCCCAAGUUUGGGACACACCAAAAAACGUCUGAAGCAGUGUGCCUUCUGUUACCACGGCGACCAGCCUCCUCUGGGCCAAGGCCCGCUGGUGGUGUUCGGACCCACGCCCGGCUACAUCCCGCGCCACAUCCUCAACCGCCGAGCGUCCUCGGACCGUGACAGCGAUUGUCAUGACCACUGCUACCGUAGCAAUGAAGCUGUGCCCACGAGCAGCAGUCCAGCACAGUGUGAGGACGAGUCUUCCUUACAGUAUGUGCAGCAGCAUGGACCCAUUGGACUUCCGCAAGACGUCGACGUCCAAACACUGUUUGACCCCACAGGUCAGUGCUGUGCUCACCUGCAGUGUGCCGCCUGGUCGGAGGGCGUGUGUCGUGGCGAGGGCCAAUCGCUGCUCUACGUGGACAAGGCCAUCGACUCAGGAAGCACGCAGGUGUGCGUGUUCUGUCACCGGCUCGGAGCAUCGCUUCAUUGCCAGGAGACAGGCUGUGGGCGGAGCUACCACUUCCCAUGUGCCGCCGCUGCCGGAGCUCAUCAGGACUGGAAGCAGAGACACACACUGUGCACGCGACACGCACACACGGCGUCUUCAUCGUGCGUGUUGUGUUCACACGGUGAUGAUGUCAGCAGUCUGUUGAUGUGCUGUUGCUGUGGCAACCAAUUCCAUGGUGGGUGCUUGGCCCCGCCUCUCACUCCCUCUGCUCUGAUCCGGGUGGGCUGGCAGUGUUCUACAUGUCGUGUGUGUCAGUGCUGCAGGCUGCGAGGCGACACGUCUGUGUUGCUGGUCUGUAGUCGCUGUGAUAAAGCUCACCAUUCACACUGUCUGACACCUCCACUGGAUCACACACCUACCAGUGGCUGGACCUGCCAGAACUGCAGGGUGUGUCUCCGCUGUGGUGUAAGGUCGUCAGGUCAGUGGGCCAAUCACCCUUUCCUUUGCGAGUCAUGUGACCCAGCCUUGCCUUGUGCCCUCUGUGGCAACACCCCCGACUUGUACUCGCCACAGGAUUACGUCACCUGUGUCUGCUGCUAUAGGUGUGUCCACACGGAGUGUAUUGUCCAGGCAGGCGAGGACAGAACAAAGUCCUCAGAAGGCUACACUUGCUCCACAUGUCGGCCCGUGGGGGAUGAGCUAACACCGCACACGCCGAUCCCACACAGUCCCACCUUAGACCUCCAGCUCAGUUCCACAGAGUCGCCAGACGUCUGCGUGACUCUGCCGUCACUUCAAAGUCCUGCUGAAGUUCUGCCCAUUGGUACUACUGCUCAAAGCCCAGUCCAGAUCGUCGGUUUGGACCUCGCUCCAACCGAGAACACAGAGCCAUCACACGAAUGUCUUACCCCAUCUCAACCUGACGCCACGGCGCCCCACCAAUCUCCCACGCCAUCACCUUCCAGCCCCGCAACGCUAAAACAAAAUCCUCCCUCUGACCCGGCGGAACCACAACACAGUCCGGUGCCAUCUCCUAACCCUGCAGAGCAAAGACUGAGUCCAGUACCAUCUCCAAAUUCUAUACAGCAAAGACUGAGUGUAGCACCAUCACUUUCUAACCCUACAGAGCCGCAACAUAGUCCACUCCAGUCCAGUCCUCCUAACCCCACAGAGGAAAGGCUGGAUCCAGUACCUUCUCCUCCUGCCACCGAGCUCCAGAAAAGUCCUGUCCUAUCUUCUCCUAAUCCCGCAGAGCAAAGUCUAAGUCCAGUACCAUCUCCUCCUAAACCCACAGAGCAGAGGCUAAGUCCAGUACCGUCACCAAUUCCUCCAGAGGAAGAACUAAAUCCAGUACCAUCUCCUAAACCCACAGAGCAAAGGCUAAGUCCAGUACCAUCACCUAUUCCUCCAGAGGAAGAACUAAAUCCAGUACCAUCUCCUCCUAAACCCACAGAGCAAAGGCUAAGUCCAGUACCAUCACCUAUUCCUACAGAGGAAGAACUAAAUCCAGUACCAUCUCCUAAACCCACAGAGCAAAGGCUAAGUCCAAUACCGUCACCUAUUCCACCAGAGGAAGAACUAGAUCCAGUACCAUCUUCUCCUAAACCCACAGAGCAAAGGCUAAGUCCAGUACCAUCUCCUGUUCCUACAGAGGAAGAACUAAAUCCAGUUCCAUCUCCUCCGAAACCCACAGAGCAAAGGCUAAGUCCAGGACCAUCUCCUGUUCCUACAGAGGAACAACUAAAUCCAGUACAAUCUCCUAAACCCACAGAGCAAAGGCUAAGUCCAGUACCAUCUCCUAUUCCUACAGAGGAAGAACUAAAUCUAGAACCAUCUCCUCCUGACCCCACAGAGCAAAAACAAAGUCCACAACUGUCGCCAUCUGGCCCAACAGACCUCCAGCAAAGUCCAGAACAAUCUUCCUCUAUGUCCACAGUCCUGAGACAAAGUCCACUGCCAUCUCCUACAAACGUCACAGAGUUCCCGCAUAGUCCAGAGUCACCUUCUGAGACCCACACAGAUCUCAAAUGCAAAAGUUCCUGCACGGAACUCCAGACAAGUCGUGCAAAAUCUCCCUUUAACCCAACAGAACUCCAUGAAAGUCCAGGGCUAUCUUCAUCUGAGCCCACAAACGUUCAACCUGUACUCUCGUCUGUUAAUCUGACGGAGCUUCAGGAAAGUCCUGCACCAUGUUCAACGAACCACACAGAGCUCCAGCCAAGUCCACCAUCUCCUUCUACAGUCACAGAGAUCCAGAAAAGUCCAGUACUAUCUCCUUCCACUGUCACAGAACACCAGGAAAGUCCAAUCCCAUCUCCUUCAGAUGUUACAGAGCUCCAUCAAAGUCCACUACCAUCUCCUAAGGGUGCAGAACUCCAGGGGAAUCCAGUAUCAGCGCAAAGACAAAGGCAAAGUCCAGCAUCAUCUCCUUUUGAUGUCAUUGAGGUCCACCAAAAUGCAGUCCCAUCGCUUACAGUUCCAGAUUUGCAAGAAAGUCCUUCCAACAUCACAGAGCUCCACCAAAGUCCACAGCCAUCUCAUUUUAACACCACAGAACAAAGUCCAGCAUCAUCUUCUAUUGACGCAGAGGUCCAGCAAAGCCCACCACCAACUCCGAAGGUCGCAGAGCUCCAGCAUAGUCCCUUGCUGUGUUCAUCGAACCCCACAGUGGUUGAGGAAAGUUCACCAGACCUCACAGAGCUGCAAAGGAGUCCAGUACCAUCUCCUAAUGACACAGAGCUCCAGAAAAGUCCACUUCCAUCUCCGACUAUCACAGCAGUCCAGGAAAGUGCAGUACCAUCUUCCUUGAACCCCACAGAAGUCCAGGAAUGUCCACCACCAUCUUCACCAAACCCCACGGAGGUCCAGGAGAGUCCACCACCAUCUUCAUUGAACCCCACAGAGGUCCAGGAGAGUCCAUUACCAUCAUUAAAUCCCACAGAGUUCCAGGAGAGUCCACCACCAUCUUCAUUGAACCCCACAGAGGUCCAGGAGAGUCCACCACCAUCUUCAUUGAACCCCACAGAGGUCCAGGAGAGUCCACCACCAUCUUCAUUGAACCCCACAGAGGUCCUGGAGAGUCCACCACCAUCAUUAAACCCCACAGAGGCCCAGGAGAGUCCACCACCAUCUUCAUUAAACCCCACAGUGGUCCAGGAGAGUCCACCACCAUCUUCAUUAAACCCCACAGAAAUCCAGGAGAGUCCAGUACUAUCUUCAUUGAAACCCACAGAAGUCCAGGAGAUUCCACCACCACCUUCAUUGAACCCCACAGAGGUCCAGGAGAGUCCACCACCAUCAUUAAACCCCACAGAGGUCCAGGAGAGUCCACCACUAUCUUCAUUAAACCCCACAGAAAUCCAGGAGAGUCCAGUACCAUCUUCAUUGAACCCCACAGAAGUCCAGGAGAUUCCACCACCAUCUUCAUUGAACCCCACAGAGGUCCAGGAGAGUCCACCACCAUCUUUGAACCCCACAGAGGUCCAGGAGAGUCCACCACUAUCUUCAUUGAAUCCAACAGAGGUCCAGGAGAGUCCACCACCAUCGUCAUUAAACCCCACAGAGGUCCAGGAGAGUCCAGUACCAUCCACACCAAAUCCCACAGAGGUCCAGGAAAGUCCAGUACCAUCCACAUCAAAUCCCACAGAGGUCCAGCAAAGUCCAGUACCAUCCACAUCAAAUCCCACAGAGGUCCAGGAAAGUCCAGUACCAUCUCCUUCCACUGUCCAAGAUCUUCAGCGAUCUCCUGGUGUCGCAGAGCUUCACAAAAGUCCUCUUUCAUCUCCUUGUAACAUCACAGAGCUCCAGAAAAGUCCAGUAUCAUCACUUUUUAACGUUGCAGAUCUUCAGCCAAGUCCAGUAUCAUCUCCUACCAUCUCAGAGCCCCAGCAAAGUCCUGUGCCGUCUCCCAUGAAAUCCACAGAACUAACACAGAAUUUUACAUCAUCAGACGCGGACCCCACAGAGAUUAAAAACAGUCCCACAGAACCCCAACAAAACACUGAUGUGUCUCAUCCUUGUGGAGAAACGCUCCAAAAAGGUCCACUGGAAUCGGACCUAGUUCCAUUGGAGACUGCUGAGCUUCAGGAGAGUCCUGCUGCAUCGCAGUUUAGUCCAGUACAAAUAAACGAAAACUUGCCGUGCAAUAAUGAUCUUUUGGAAUGUAAGGAAAACAAUGCCAUGUCUCCUCGGCCUUCAACACCUUCUCAGAUGUCUUCUGGUUCUUUGGACCAUGUGACUUCCACACAGACUCCGCUUAGUCCAUGUGAAUUAACUCGCACUCCAUCCAGCCCUUCCAUGGAGUCAAGUAGAGAACAGCUAUUUAGAAACGAUUCUCAAAAGAGUCCACUUCGUGGUAGUCCAACGUCCGAACUCAGUCCUACCAGAUUGGAUCCUGAUGAAUCAAAGCUGCAGAUCAUCUCCCCAAACAAUAGUAGAUCAUGCAGUCCUGCUGACAUCACCAUCGAAGAGACGCCGCUCCAAACUCAUCAAGGAACAUAUAGUCCUGUGCCGCAUUGUCCUACAAAAACAUCUCAAGAUGUUGAAGCAACACUGGAUCAGGAGAGCCUGGUACCAAGCCUUCCCUCUCAUUUGCCUUUUGGGGCUGCACAGAUCAGUUUAACACUGGACCAGGAUCUUUCACCCGUUUCUUUGAAAACCACCUUCAUAGGCAGAGGAAAAACCGCAUGGAGACCCAGUUCAGCUCCCUGUAGCCCAUCAAGAACCCCCGUUAGCUCAACACGAUGUAGUCUAUCACAGCCUCCCAGCCCAGUGCAGACCCCCUCUUUGCUAGCGAGUAGGUCUUCGCAGAUCAAGGUGCUUGCUCGUCAGUCCGCUACAUCAACGGAAUGUUUCAGCACCGAGCUUCAACGCUGGAGUCCGAAUCCGGAUGGUCAAACACUUGAAUCUGUUUGUAGCCCGACCGCUGUCACGUCCGUAACAGUUCCGCCAUCGCCCGCACCAGAAAGCCUUGUUCUUGUUCACCAAACGGAACACAGUAGCCUCACUUGCAUGUCUUCUUACGCUAGCAAACCUGUUGAACAGAACGCUAGCCCGACACAUAGCCACGCUAGCAUGGAUGGUGCUAGCCCCUCACAUGCUAGCUCGCUUCUUCAGGCUUCCUGUGACUCAAUGCCAAAGGUGUCCGACCUUGCCGUUGUCCAGCCUUUACCAGCUAGCCCUGUGAUCGACUCCUCGUCUCAGCCAGUUAGCCCCUCGUCGAUAACGCCGACUCAUGGAGACACCAUAUCUGAAAAUGAAGAUCCAACAUUAGUAUCUCCUGUGACUAGUCCUCACCAUGAGAACUCGGUUAAUGCUAACCCGGAGCCUCCUCAGCUACCAAAUCCAAGUACCACUUCAACUAGUCCCACACACUGUAGACCGAUCCAUGUUUGUCCCGCUAACAGCUCUAUUAGCAAAGAUCUGAGCAACUUCAAGGGAAGUGUCUCCUCGAGCGACCCAAGUUCCUCUGUAGCGUGCACGACUCCAUUUCCGAGUGAAACAUUUCCCCACAGCCCCACAGAUUCCAGCCCCAUUCCCAGUUCAGACUUAAGCUCCGCUGAAGCACAGCUGAAUCUUACUAUGUCAAGUUCAAGUCCUGUUUCUCAGUCCCAAAGCCAGGACUCGGUUAUUUGCAGUUCAGUUCAGAUGGAUACCAGUCCAGGUCUCACUGCAGAUACUAAGCCAGCUACCGCUCCCACUCAGGAACACAGUGAUCCGCCUCACACUGCAUAUACUAAGGAAACGCUCUGUAGUUCCACUUUUUCAUCCUUGUCCCCCGAGUGCCCCUCCCCUCAAUUGGAUCAUACAGAUAUUUCAAGUCCAGGUCUCACCAGCCCUGAGAGACCAGAGGCCAGCACAGGUGCAGGUUUUGAUACCCACUUUGAAUCAACUGGUCCUACUCCUGUCAUCCUGUCUGAGGAGUCCACAUCCAUUGUUACCAUGACAAACGAAGAGGAGGAGAAUAGGAGUUUUCAGGAGAACAAGCUCCCAGUGCAGGACCAGGAAGAGGAUCAUAAGGAGGAGGUCCAGGAGGAGACUAAGGAGCCAGAGGACCUCAGCAGUUCUAAGUUGUCUGGAGUCCACCUCUCUCCUCGUCCGCCCGCCGCAGCCUCCCCAAACUCACCCUUGGCUCCCCGACUACUUUCCUCCUCAGUUUCACUCACUGGCUCCCCUGUACCGUCACCGCAACCUCCAAACCAAGAUGGCUCCCCGGAUGACUCCCUCACUUUUACAGUGACAGCUAAAGCUCCCUCCUCUCUGGAGGAGCAAAGGGAAUCGAGUCAAGAGGACUCCUGUCCUGUGUCAUGGGAGCAAGGUAAUGACCAAUCCAGAGUCCAGACCAGACCAGAGUCUUCAGAAAGGGUCGACGAGCAGCCAGAAACACCCGAGUCAGCAGUAAUAACUGCACUGGAUGAUGUUGCUACACAAGAGGAGAAGGAGGAGAGCAACGAUGGGGAGGUCCAAGAGACUGCUGACUCCAAAGACCAAUCCUAUGUGGAGGAGGAGCCACUGAGCCCUGUGUUAGAACUGGACCCAUCUUUAGACGUGGAGGUGAUGAAGCUCAUGACAGCCGGGUCUCCUCCGGCCUCACUUCUGCACCUCUCCUCCCUUACGCCGCCUCCCGUCCCCACCCGGGGGAAAGGGCGAAGCCUCAGGCCUCCUCCCUGCUCCUCUUUCACACCAUCAGACGACCUCUCCAUCCGGCUCAGACAGUCUCCUUUCUCCACCGAGGCGUCACCUGAGACCUCCCCUGCUAGAGACCCCAUCACUCCGCCUCCACUUUCCCCACCGUCGCCUCCCCUCAGGUUCAGUCCUCCGUACAGGGAGUCUCCACCCCUCUCCAAGAUUCCUCCCUCGACUGUGAUACCUCUCACUCCUAAAAUUGGGAUGGGGAAGCCCGCCAUCACUAAAAGGAAGUUCUCCCCUGGCAGGGCCAGGGCCAGGCAGGGUUCGUGGUGGAGUAAUGUCAGGGCAGUGAGCCCCCCCUCGUCCUCCCAGGACUCUACUGGGGAGGGUGGGAGGGACAGCCCUAAGUACCGUCCACCGGACUCCCCGCUCUGGAGCAUGAGAGUGGGUCGUGGUUCAGGUUUUCCUGGUAGGAGGAGAGCCAGAGGAGGUGGUGUCGGAGGCGGAAGGGGAGGAAGAGGAAGGAGCAGAGUUAAGACACAGGAGUUUGUGUCUGUGUCACCUGCAUACGGCUUAGUGGAGUCAAUCCCGCUAAAGGAAGAGGAGGAGAACUCCAUGCACAACACGGUGGUGAUGUUCUCCACCUCUGACCUGUUCACCCUCAGACAGGACAUGUGUGUGGUGUGCGGCAGUUUUGGUCAAGGAGCCGAAGGACGACUCUUGGCGUGUUCUCAAUGCGGGCAGUGUUACCACCCAUACUGUGUCAACGUCAAGGUUACUCGUGUCAUCCUAACCAAAGGGUGGCGCUGUCUAGAAUGUACCGUAUGCGAGGCAUGCGGCGAGGCCAGCGACCCCGGGCGUUUGUUGCUAUGUGACGACUGCGACAUCAGCUACCACACAUACUGCUUGGACCCGCCCCUCCACAUGGUCCCUAAGGGAGCCUGGAAGUGCAAGUGGUGUGUGUGGUGUGUUCAGUGUGGCUCCGCCUCCCCUGGGCUGCACUGUGAUUGGCAGAGUAACUACAGCCGCUGCGGGCCAUGUGCCAGUCUGACCUGCUGCCCCCUUUGUCAGAGACUUUAUACGCAGGAUGACCUCAUUCUGCAGUGUCAACAGUGUGACAGAUGGGUGCAUGCCGUGUGUGAGGGGCUGACAUCCGAAGAUGAGGUGGAAAUGGCGGCCGAUGAAGGUUUUGAUUGUUCACUGUGCAGAACACACAGUCGUAUCGCAUUUGGGAGGUCAGACAGUUUGGACUCCCCCUACAUGGCUCAGAUCAUCUCCAGGAGCCGGGAAGCAGACACAAAGACUUACACUCAAGAUGGAGUUUGUCUGACCGAGUCGGGCCUCUCUCACCUUCAGUCCCUGGUUGAACCUUUGACCUCAGCACGAAGGUAUCGCAGAUGCAAACCCAAACUAAAGUUAAGGAUCAUCAACCAGAACAGCGUGUCCGUACUUCAGACCCCACCCGACCCCGAGCCUCACUCUGGGGAACAAGACCAUCACAGAGUCCACCUCGAGUGUGAUCUCAAGUCCGACUCCAGUCCUGAGAGAGACCACGCCCCCUAUGAUGAUGUCAGUAAGGAGAUCCUUAUGGCAGACGGCAGCACAAAGAGGAAGAGGAAACCCUACAGACCAGGUAUUGGAGGAUUCAUGGUGCGGCAGCGAGGCGGGAAGGCUGGAACGAGCGGAUUCAAAGUGUGCAGAAGAGAUUCGACUGACGUGCCACAAGGAGACGAAGAUGGAGCUGAUCAAACCAUGGACAAGGUGAAGAAGAGAUACAGAAAGAAGAAGACCAAGCUGGAGGAGGCUUUUCCGGCUUAUCUUCAGGAUGCCUUCUUCGGUCGGGAUCUUUUGGAUCGCAUUCGCCAGGUGGACCAGAGGAUGGUGUCUGAGGUGGCGAGAGCCAGCCAAUCAGUAGCGGUUGAUCUCAAAGGUCCCGCCCCCUCAGAAAAGACAGUUAUCAGAAAGCAGGAAAGACUGCCCGUGUCGGACGAUGCGCUCGUGGAUCUGUCUGACGUUCUCAACACCCAUCCUCAAAUUCUGGCCACAGGACACACAGGCCAGUUCCAGGUGGAACGCUCCCCCUCUCCAUUUGCUGGCUUGGACAUUGGCUCAAUGGGAGAAGACCCCUUGCUAAGCGGAAGUAGCGGGCAUGGUCAUAGAUCAUUGCAGGAAGAGCCUCUGGACGCCAUCUUAAACCCUGAGCUUGACAAGAUGGUGACUGAUGGUGCCAUUCUCGGCAAACUCUACAAGAUUCCAGAGCUGGAGGGGAAGGACGUGGAAGAUCUUUUCACCGCGGUCCUCAGCCCAGACAACAGCGAGCACCAUCACCAACACACAGCUGCAGGAGGCAAAACACACACAGCAGCCGCUGGUGGGUUUUCUCGUCUUCCUCUGAUGAACGGCCUCGCGGGACGAGCCCCUCACAUGGUCAACCCUCCCAUGAUGCCCGGCGGCACUCCUGGCCCGGCGAGUCACCGCAUUUGUACUCCAGAGGGACCCAUCCCUCCCUCCACACCUUGCAUGCCUGCAGCCAAUCAGGCUGCGGGAGAGGGCGAGCAUGACGGAAUGUCAACUGCUCAGAGGAGCAUGUUAAAGUGGGAGAAGGAGGAAGCUCUCGGGGAGCAGGCUACGGUUGCCCCCGUGCUCUACUGCAACACCAACUUCCCCCAAUUGAAGGAGCAGUAUCCUGAGUGGUCCACAAGAGUGAAGCAGAUCGCCAAACUGUGGAGGAAAGCCAGCUCUCAAGACAGAGCACCUUUUGUGCAACGUGCAAGGGACAACCGUGCAGCUCAACGCAUCAACAAAGUCCACAUGACCAAUGAGCCACUCAAACGGCAGCAACAGCAGCCGUUGCAGCCGCCGCUCUCCGUGCCUUACGAAACUCUGUCCACGGAGGGGGAUUUGGCGCUGAAGGACCCGCUGAGGCCCAGAGAGUCUGAGCAGGAGCAGGAGUGGAAGCUGAGACAGGGAGAGGUAAAAGACAGAUGGCGAGCCGGUAAGAAGAGGCAGGAAAAUCUCCCCCAAAGCAAAGUCCUAAAAUCACCAACAGAUAAAGAUUGUCCCUUCCAGGCAUCUCUAGCAGGAGGUGGCAAAGAGGCUCUGCAAUUACGCCAGAAGAGCAAACAACUGGCCAAGAUAGAAGCCACUCAGAAGCUGGAGCAGGUGAAGAACGAGCAACUGCUUCAGCAGCGACAGCAUCACCUCUUAGCCAAUCAGCAGCCUGUCACCGGGAGCGACGGCAUGCCUCUUCAGCUUCCUACAUCCACCGACGUUCAGGCCAGACAGAACCUCCUGCAGGGCUCCGGAAUGGCCGACAAUGUUUUCCUCAGGCCACAAGUCCCACCCCCUUCUGGGUACUCGUCACUGCCUCACUCCCCUCACUCCUCAUCUCCACUCCACCAGCCGCCAUCAUCUCCUCAGAUGUUCUCUCCGCCUUCAUCUCGCCCCACAUCCCCCUGGGAUCCCUACAGUAAACCAGCAGGGACUCCUCGGCCCACCUCUCUUCAGCACUGCACCGCACUCAGCAUCUCCCCUGCACAUGACUCGUUGGGUUCCCCCGCACCCUCGCCUGACUCGAAAGCCUCUGACGCCUCCCGGACCCUCGGACUCCAACCAGGCCUUCAGCACAGCAGACCAGCAAUGAAGAGCCCCCCUUCUGGCUCUCAAGUGUACCAGAGGUCUCAGGUCCAAGGUGGUGUGUUUAAAGCCCCCAUGCCACCCCAAAACCAGCUGCAACAGGAGUUGUUCGGUGGUGCACCAGCUGUAGCGAGGAGAGACCUGUCCAGACCCACGGACCUUGGCCUCACCCCUCCUCAUAAUCAGGACCCUGCUUUCAGUUCCAGCCAGCUCUCCGGGUUAGGCUCCCCUCAUCGCAGCCCUUACGCCCACACACCGGGGACCCCCAGAGUUGACUACAGCCAACAGAUGGCUGACCCCUUUGUCAAGCAACCGGCUUUGACACCCCGUCCUUCGCCAGACUCGUACAGUAACCCUCAAACCCCUGGAACUCCCCGGCCCCAUUCAGACAGCACGUACCUCAACACGCCACCCGGUCUUCGACUGGAUCAGUUUAACCAGUUAGCAACCAGCCGUCGGCCCUCCCCUUCCCACCCGACAUUGGAUCCAUACUCCUCAAACCCUGGUACACCCCAUCCUUUUGUACCCGAGCGUUUCCCUCGAUCACCAGGUGGCACGCUAACCUCCGACCCUUAUGCUAAACUACCUGGUACUUCACGUCCAUCACCGGACCCUUAUGCGCAACAGCCCUCCACGCCUCGCCCUCAGAAGACCCCCGAAACAUUCAGCCAAGUGGAGAGCUUUACUCCUCAGCUUGUGAGAUCUCCUCUGGGUCCAGGACUUGGUGGCGAGGCAGUGACCCUAAAGCAGUCCCCAGGGAGACAACCACAGCAGGACACAUUUUCCAGGACAUCUGCUAGUAGCCAGACUCCAAAGCACCCUGGAAUGUCAGAAGAUAGCAACUUCCCAGGCCCGGUCACUCAAACUCUGGGGAGACCCACCACUGGACCCUCACAGAUGGACAAGACAGCAGCCAAUGACAUGGCGACAGUAGGCGUGGCUUCUUUAGAGGGACCAAUGGGCUUGCUUCCACAGAUGGGGGACUCUGAGGAGAAACUAAGACAGCGUCAGAGACUCCGCCAGCUCAUUUUGAGGCAGCAGCAACAGAAGAGUGCAUUGCGGCAAGAAAAAGGUCUCCAGGAGUCACUACCUGGAGCCCCUUCAGGUACUGCCGCUCCACCUGGUGCGGCUCCUGGCUCAGCGACACCCCGUCACUGGUCCCAGGAAGAAUCCACCACCGCUACGCCUCCAACUGAUGUUUUUGGACGUCCCCCACCUCCGUAUCCGGGUAUAGUGAGGCCUGUCGGGCCAAGUGGAGCUUUCGCUGGACCGCCACGGUUGCCUGGAGCUUCGCCAGUGGAACAGCUCAGAGGGUUAACCCCAAAUGAGUCUCUGUUUCCCAGGCAGAACCUCCCCAGGGAGAUAGGACCCAGAGGAACGGCCUUGAGGUUUGGUCUUCAGGAGUCCUUCCUGCGACCUCCCUUAGGGUUAGUGCCCGGUUCUGGGCUUGGAACCCCCAAUGUAGCCCCUGUCCAGAUAAGAAAACCAGUACCUGGUGACUUCACUGGCAUCCGCCCGAUGACUGCCCCCACACAUGUGAUGUCGGCUGCCCCCCAGCCCUUCGUACCCGGCUCUCUCCCCAUCCAGCAACACAGCAUCAUGGGGCAGCCCUACAUCGAGCUCCGACACCGUGCUCCAGAGAACCGUCUGAGGCUGCCUUUCUCCCUUGCCGCCCCACCCAUGCAGACCCUGGAACCUCAGCCAUCAGCUGCCAGACCCAAUCCAGGGGUCCCGAUGGGAGAGCCACCAGUGGGUCAUCAGUCAAUGCUAACAAUGGAGCAACUCAACCAACAGAAUCUCAUCCAUGUCGCGGCAUUGAGUCACGGAACCGAACCGCCGCUCCAAGGCCCCGAUGGGAUUGAGGAGCACCUGGAAGGGGAAGACUCAGCUGUAAAAGAUUUGGAGGAUGUGGAGGUGAAAGAUCUAGUUGACCUCAACCUGAACUUGGAUCCUGAAGAUGGUAAAGAAGACUUAGAUCUAGGUGCUAACGACCUCCACCUUGACGACUUCUUGCUGUCAGGAAAGUUUGACCUCAUUGCUUACGCUGACCCCGAGCUCAACCUAGAAGACAAGAAGGACAUGUUCAAUGAAGAGCUUGACCUGGGCGAGCCCGUGGGAGACAAGAAGGGAGGAGAAAAGCGAGACAUCGUUGGUGUUUCCAGAAAAUCGAACAACGACGCCAACUUGUUAGGUCAGGUCAAAGAAGAAGUGGAAGACGGCAUCAAGGGAAAUACUAAAGACGAUUCAAUACCCAGUCACCCCCCACCACAACCUGGGGGUGUCAUAAGCACACAGCACCCUGGAGCUUCUGGUACUGAUACAGUAGGAUCCAACCAGCCUGGUGCUUCUUUGCACCUUGCCAGGGCGGAUAUGGUGGAUUCUUCUACUUCAGGAAUCUUGCCAGAACUCCAAACCCAGGAAAAGGUUCUUUCAUCUGGAAUGACUCCAGGUCAGCAGUCUGGCUUCCAGCAGAGACCGCUUGGACCCUCCUCAACUUACCUCAACCCUCAACCUCAGGCUCCCCCUGCCACCCCUCACCCAGUGUCCCUUCAACUCCCUCAGCCUUGCCUACUUCUCAACCCUCAGGCUCAGCCUUCAAACCUGGAUGCAUCUGCUCAGUCCAAGGUCCAGGAACAGGACCAGAACAAGUCUAAACCUUUGCUCCUGGAUGAACAGCCACUUUUGCUACAGGAUCUUCUGGACCAGGAGCGCCAAGAGCAGCAGCAACAAAAACAGAUGCAGGCACUGAUCAAACAGAAAUCCACCUCUGACCCCGCCUUCCCUGAAAUAACCGACUUUGACUCCAUCUCGGACCCCAUAAUGAAGGCCAAAAUGGUGGCUCUGAAAGGCAUCAACAAGGUGAUGACGCAAGGGAACCUUGGCCUCAACAACAUGGUCAUCAAUAGGUUUCACGAGGCCCCUGGCGCCUCGAUUCCUGAGGGCACCCCUCAACCUCCAGUCCAGGUGGGACAGGAAGUGUCAUUUCCUCCUCGUCAGGAAGGAGAGGUGAACCCUCUGCUGGUGCGGCCGAACCCACCCAGCUUUGGACCUGGAUUUGUCAACGACUCUCAGAAGCGUCAAUAUGAGGAGUGGUUGGGGGAGACGCAGCAACUCCUACAGAUGCAGCAGCGCCUCCUGGAGGACCAGAUUGCAGCUCACCGCAAAACCAAGAAGGCUCUAUCCGCUAAGCAGAGGACGGCCAAAAAGGCGGGUCGUGCACUCGCAGAAGAAGACGCUGCUCAGCUUCGCUACAUCAUGGAGCAACAGGGGAAUGUCCAGAAGCAACUGGAGCAGAUCCGUAAGCAGCAAAAAGAUCACACGGUCCUCAUCGAGGACUACAGAACCAAACAACAGCAGCAACAACAACAGAGAGCCCUCUCCAUGGUGCCUUCUGGAGUUGUACCUCUGCAGAGUAGACCCAGUGGCUCAGCUCUCCCCUGCGUCCAGAACGUCCCACCUGGUUGGUCGCCAGCAGUCGGAGUUGCACCAGGGAUGAUGGGGCAGAACAUGGCACCUCAUCUGCCACAGCAGAUGCCCCCUACUCUUUCCACUCCCGCUCAGGUUUCACAGCCAUCGCCGGCCAUUGUGCCUAGACAUUCAGCUCCAGCGGCAGGCUUUGCCCCAGGCCUACGUACACCCACUGGGGGUGCCAGUGUAGCUUCAGGGGGUGACAUAUCAGCACCAUCACCUCAGGUCAAAUUUGACGACAACAACCCCUUCAGUGAAGGUUUUCAGGAGAGGGAAAGGAGGGAAAGACUUCGGGAGCAGGCAGAGCGGCAAAGGGUGCAUCUGAUGCAGGGGGUGGAGCACCAUAGGGUCCAACAGCAAGGCUCUCAAGGUGCCCCUGUGGGACCUGGUGGGGCCCGGCUGUGUCCCACAGGCACUCCUGGCUCCACCCCCAGUGGGGACAGUCUCUCACAGAUGCCCUUCUUCAGUUCUGAGCUGCCCCAGGACUUCCUCCAGUCUCCCCCUGCCUCCAGACCACCUCAACCCCUUGUGGUGUCGCCGAACCUACAGCCAAAACCGAGACUCCCAGGCCCUUUGGGGCCCAGUCUCGGUCAGGUCCGUCCACCUGGCCUCGGAGGGGUCAUUAUUACUCCUUCCAAUCAAGGGAGUCAAGGUCAUCAAUUUGGACACGACUCAUCAUCUUCAUCACCAUCGGCCCCCCUCCACGCCACCUUCACCCCGUCCUCAUCGGGAGGCUCCGCCUCCCUCAUUCAGCUGUACUCUGACAUCAUGACGGACGACAGCCUUAAGAAGAAAAGGAGCGGAAACAAACAAGACAAUUCUGCUGGAGGAGCCAGAACGCCGCUGUCCUCGCACUCUGAUGACAUCACAGCCCCGCCCACUCCAGCAUUUUCAGACGCUUCUUGCUCUACGCCCACACGGUGCAGCACGGACCUGGCUGACUUGAACAUCCCUCCCCUGUCAGGUCUAGCUCCAUCCUCAGAACUGGAGAAGCAGCUUUGCCCUGCAAUGGGCGUGGAGGCUCAAAGAGGCCUCCUGUGCGGCCGCAUGGGGGUCAAGGAGGAGCGAGAGGAGCGAGGACCCUGUGGAGGAGACCCAGUAAAGUUGGAGUGUGCCUCUCCUCUUCAUGUCGGGGGAGGAGAUGCAGGGAAGGAACUGCUCAGGCACCUAUUGAAGGAAAAGGCCUCCCCGGCCAAGACGCCAUCACCUACCACCCAAGUACACCACCAACUUUCCACUGAAAGUGUGCUCUCUGAGGAGGCGGACACUGCUGGUUUCCUAGGCAACAUCAUGGUGGACAGUCCUGAUCUUCUGGACUUAUUGGGAAAGAAGAAGGCUCAGAGAUGUAAGAGAAGUGCUCGGCCUGAUAAAGACAAAGCUCUAGCUAAGUACAAGAGGAGGAAACGAGAAGACGAGGACGAGAUGCUUCAUUCUUCUGCCACCCCUUCUGAACAGAUCAUGACGCACCUCAGACAGCUUUCUGUGCUGCCUUUGAUGGAGCCCGUUCUGGGGCUGGACCUGAGUCUGUUCCCCCCUUAUGGCAGCUCCACUCUAGGAAGGGACUCCAGGCUUACGGGUUCCUUUGGCAACGCCUGCCUAGAUGGAGUCACUGACUACUACUCACAGCUCACGUGCAAGAACAACCUCGGUAACCCACCCACACCUCCUGCCUCGCUACCACCCACCCCACCACCAGUGGCCAGGCAGAAGCUAGUGAACGGCUUUGCUACAGCAGAGGAACUAAACAGGAAGGAGCUUAGCGAGCAGAAUGGGAAAGGUGUCAAGUCCACGGGUCAAGAGCGAAUGGCGGAAAAUCACACCUCCAAGACGGUGGACGUCCCUGCCUCCCUGCCGACUCCACCCCACAACAACCAGGAAGAACUCCGCGUCCAAGAAUCAUCACUACGCAGCACCCCGGACGACUUCAUCCCAUCUUCAUCUCCGGACAGUGUAGCAGACAUGGAGAUUAGCCGAUACCCUGAUCUGUCCUUCAUUAAAAUGGAGCCGCCAUCACCGUGCCCGUCGCCUCCAAUACCCAUCAUGCCGUGCUCCUGGGGCAAAGGCUCUGCGGUGAAGCAAGAAGUGAAGGUGGAGCCAAACCAUCAGGCUCCUCCCUCCUGUUCUAACACAGAUCUGGUUACCAUAGCAAUUACCUUGAACCCAUCCGCCGCUCAGAAUGUUUCUGGUGUCAUGGCGACGGUAGCGAAACUGCUUCGUGUCCCCACUACCAUCAACUACCAGCUGAGCCGCGCUGAGUGCAACCCACUGGCGCUCCUGGCGGGAGUUAGAGUGCCACUUCCUCAGGCUUCAGCAAGCAGCAGGCAGCAGAGACCUGCACCCCCAGCUGGAGCGAGGAUGGACUUUGUCCAACAGGGCACUGGUCCUGUCGUUUCCAGACCGCAGUCCUGCAGCCACUGCAAAGUGCUGCUGGGAAGCGGAGUGAGCAAAUUCAAAGACGUCAAACAGGAGGGUCCAUCCAACCUGGUCUUCUGUAGUCCAAACUGCUCCACUCUGUACGCUUCUGGACUGAAAACCGCAAACCCUGCAGACAAGCCUGCGGACAAGCCGCCUCCUCCUCCCCUCAGCAAACUGCAGCACCACUACACCAACAACAUGUCAUCCAUCGCUGUCCACUCCCUCCCUCGCACUCCCAUCGCUCCUCCCCAGACCGCCACCUUGUCCCCACCCCUCCACUUCCCUUCUGCCUCCACCGUCACCAUGGAGAUCAAACCCCGUGUGGACAGCCUUAAAGUCAAAGUGAAGCUGAAGCCCCACCCCCAUGCUUUCUCCGAGGGAGACGACCUGCUGCUAAGUCACCACGGGAAGCGGAUGAAGAAUUCCCGCUGGCGACGCUGGAACAUCAAUAUCACUCUGACCAGGGGUCCCAUUUCGGACGAGGCGGUCGCCAUGCCAACUGAAGAGGAAGUCGAUGUGCUUUUAAAGAAACUGGGGGUGUGUCUGCGACCUGACCCGCUACCUGUAGACCAGCGAAGGUGUUGCUUUUGUCACCAGGUGGGCGAUGGAGAAACAGACGGACCAGCCAGACUGCUAAAUCUGGACUUGGAUCUGUGGGUCCAUCUGAACUGUGCGCUGUGGUCCAGUGAGGUGUACGAGACUCAGGCCGGCGCUCUCAUCAAUGUGGAGCUGGCACUGAGGCGCAGCCUGACCCUGCGCUGCGCUUACUGCCAGCAGACGGGCGCCACCAGCGGUUGCAACCGCCUCCGCUGCACCAACACGUAUCACUUCACGUGUGCGCUACGCGCCCAUUGCACCUUCUUUAAGGACAAGACCAUGCUUUGUCACCUCCACAAGCCCAGAAUGGCUCCUCUCAGCGGGGACAGAUCCUCCAGCAGCUCCCCGUCCUCCACCCCGGGCCUGGCCCCCGACUUUGUGUCAUCCAUGUGCGACCCGUACAACUCCGAGCUGCGGUGUUUCGCCGUGUUCCGUCGCGUGUACGUGCAAAGGGAUGAGGCGAGGCAGAUAGCGGCGAUGGUGCAGCGUGGCGAGCAGCGGCACACGUUUCGCGUGGGCAGCCUGCUCUUCUGCGCCGUCGGGAGGCUCCUCCCACAGCAGAUGAGCGUCUUCCACAGCCCGGCUGCCAUCUUCCCCGUCGGCUACCACACCAACCGCAUCUACUGGAGCAUGCGCAACAGCAACCGACGCUGCAAGUACAUGUGCUUCAUCGAGGACCAUGAUGGACGACCGGUUUUCAAGGUUAAGGUGGUGGAGAAAGGCUACGAAGACGUCGUCCUGACUGCGACAACUCCUAAAGGUGUUUGGGACCAGAUCCUGGAGCCAGUGUCUCAGCUCAGAUCCUCCAGCGGCACUCUGAAGCUCUUCCCAUCCUACCUGAAAGGAGAAGACCUUUUUGGUUUGACCACGUCUGCCAUCACCAGGAUUGUUGAGUCUUUACCAGGUGUGGAGGCGUGUGAGAGGUACACAUUCCGUUACGGGCGGAACCCGCUCAUGGAGUGGCCUCUUGCUUUCAAUCCUUCCGGUUCGGCUCGGUCCGAGCCCAAAGCCUGCCAAGUAAAAAGGCCCUAUCUGUUGACAAGCAUGGCUCCGAGGUGUCAGGGCUCAGUGGGCUCCAUCGUGGGUAUGGUGCCCGGUGUCAUUUCACUGUCGCCGGGUGAAUCUGUGGCAGGAGCUCAUCAGGGUCGCCACUCCAAGUUGUCGCAGUACCGACGCAUGAAAGCCGAGUGGAAGACCAACGUCUACCUGGCGCGCUCUCGCAUCCAGGGUCUCGGGCUGUACGCCGCCAGAGAUAUCGAAAAAUGCACCAUGGUCAUCGAGUACAUCGGCGCCAUCAUCAGGAGUGAAGUGGCUAACCGCAAGGAGAGGCUCUAUGAGAGUCAGAACCGAGGAGUUUACAUGUUCCGCAUCGACAACGACUACGUGAUCGAUGCCACCAUCACUGGAGGACCCGCCAGAUACAUCAACCACUCGUGUGCUCCCAACUGCAUCACAGAGGUGGUGAGUGUGGAGAAGGAGAACAAGAUCAUCAUCAGCUCGUGCCGACGCAUCCAGAGAGGAGAGGAGCUGUCCUACGACUACAAGUUUGACCUGGAGGACGACCAACACAAGAUUCCAUGUCACUGCGGAGCCUUCAACUGCCGCAAGUGGAUGAACUGAGCGCGUGCGCAUGCGCUCGUUUAACGCAUUAACCUCAUAUCAAAGAUGCUCAUCAAGUGGGAGGAGGCAAGAGUGUGAUUGACAGGGCAAUGGGGUUACAAAAAGAGGCUGGUCCUCUGUGUGUAGUGUGUGUAUAUUUGUACAAAGACGCCCCCAUGUGGUCAUGACUUGCACUAAAUGAAACAUCCAAUCCGAGCAGAUCAUUUCCCCCCCCUCACCAUCUGUAAAAUAAAAUGUUUGUUUUUUUUGUAUUUAUUACAAAAUGAAGUUAUUUUCUAAUCACAGCCAGUCAGGGAGGAGAGUCGCGGCAUGUAAAUAACUAAAAGAAAAAUGAGGAAUCUUCACAGUAUGGACCGUGACUCCUUUUUGUUUGCCGCCCCUCCCCUUCCACACGUGUGUCUUUUUAUUUUGUGUACAUUCAAAUUGUAUCAGAACUCUGCUGAUGUACAGUCUGUUGCCACGCCCCCCUCUUUUGUUUUUUGUUUUUUUUUACUCUACAGUGUGAGGAUGAUGCCUUUUUGUUUUGGGGGGAGGGGGGUAUGUGGAGUCUGAUUUAGAAUCAUUUACAGAAAAUAAAAUAUUUUACAUCUUGAAA